UACCAUUUUCCUUCUGCCAUAACUAUUCCUAUUAGUAUCAAACCCCUCUUUCUCUAAGAUGUCUUUAAAACCAUUGGAUGCUUUCAGACAUUUGGACUUAAAUUCAGUGAAAGAACUGCCUGAUUCAUAUGCAUGGUCCACAGCGGAUGGCUGCCCGUCCUCUUGCAGUUCAGAGCCAGUUCCAGUGAUUAAUCUUGAAGAUCUUAAUGCCAUUAAACAUGUUGGCCAUGCAUGCAAAACAUGGGGUGUAUUUCAGCUGAUCAACCAUGGCAUCCCUACAGAUCUUCUUAAUAACAUGGAAGCUUCUGGAAGAAAACUAUUUUCUCUCCCAAUCCAACAAAAACUAAAAGCUGCUCGGUCUCCAGAUGGUCUUUCUGGAUAUGGUGUUGCUCGGAUAUCGUCUUUUUUCCCAAAACUCAUGUGGUCCGAGGGUUUCACCAUCAUCGGAUCACCACAUGAACAUGCUGAAAAACUGUGGCCCCAAGGUUAUAAGAACUUCUGUGAAUUAAUCGAAGACUACAAGAAGGAGAUGAACAAAUUAGCCAAUAGGUUGAUGUGGCUAAUCCUCGGGUCAUUGGGUAUAACAAGGGGAGACAUAAACUGGGCGGGUCCAGGAGGAGAGCUAAAAGAAGCAAGUCCUGCUUUGCAGUUAAAUUCUUACCCAGCUUGCCCAGAUCCGGAUCGAGCCAUGGGCCUUGGGGCUCAUACAGACUCAACCCUCCUCACAAUCCUGCACCAAAACAAUACAAGUGGAUUGCAGGUUCAUAGGGAAGGAUUUGGUUGGAUUACGGUCAAACCCAUAGCAGGGGCACUUGUGGUAAAUGUAGGUGACUUGCUGCAUAUACUAUCUAAUGGGUUGUAUACAAGUGUACUCCAUCGGGCCAUAGUUAACCAAACCCAACACCGGUUCUCUAUAGCUUAUCUCUAUGGUCCACCAUCUAAUGUUCGAAUUUCACCACUAUCGAAAUUAACCGACAAUGUCCAUCCUCCUCUCUACCGAUCCGUCACAUGGAGUGAAUAUCUUGGCACCAAGGCAAAGCAUUUCAAUAAGGCACUUUCAUUCGUUCGUUUAUGUGCACCUAUGAAUGAUUUUGUAGAUACUAAUGAUCAUAAUAGUGUCCUAGUUGGAUGAAUAAGUUUAUGCAUCAUCUCUUGGCUAAGAAUUUUACUUUCGCGCGGAUGUUUCAAAU